AUGACACUCCGGUCGCUUUCAUCGGGACCAUCACAAGCAAAGGGCUUAGUCAGUCCUGACACACAGACAUCUGCCAAUGUGAGUCGGCCAGUCAUCGCGAUUGCGGGUCUAUCUUGCGAGACAUCAACAUUUUCGCCGGCCCGAACCGAUGCCGCCGCGUUUCAUCCACGUCGCGGACCGGAAAUCAUCCAAGAGUAUCCCUUUUUGAACCAAGACACGCAGCUCGGACGAGCAGCGUCAUGGCAAGGCGCACUAAUUGGCCAUGCUUUGCCCGGAGGCAUUGUCACCCGUCGAGCGUUUGAAGAGUUGGCCGGUGAACUGUUGACCCGACUCACCAAGAUCCAUGCUGCGGAUCCGCUGGAUGGACUGUGGUUCGACAUUCACGGAGCAAUGUGCGUGGAGGGUCUAGAAGAUGUCGAAGCAGAAUUACUCCGUCGCAUUCGCCGAAUUACCGGAUCAAAAGCCAUCGUCUCGACGUCAAUGGACCUGCAUGGGAAUGUCUCCCCCGAGCUGGCCCAUCAAGUUGAUCUCAUUACGUGUUUUCGCACUGCUCCUCACGAGGAUGAGACGGAGACGAAGCAGCGCGCAUGCCGUAAUCUGGUAGACUUGUUGUCGUCGUCGUCGUCAACAACAAACAUCACGCCUCUCCGGCCGCUGAAAGCGUGGUGUGAAAUUCCGAUUCUAUUGCCUGGCGAGCAAACUUCAACUCGAGCAGAUCCCGCCAAGAGUCUGUAUGAGCUACUACCUGUGAUCGAGGCGUUACCCUCGGUCAUUGACGCUGCUGUCUGGGUGGGUUAUGCCUGGGCGGACGAGCCGCGCAAUCAUGCUGUCGUGAUGGUGACUGGAUGGGACACGCAGACACUUCUAGAGCAAACAGGGCGCGUGGCUCGUCAAUUCUGGGACGCUCGCGAGAGAUUUCACUUUGCAGCCCCCACGGGCUCCCUAGCACAAUGUCUCGAUGCUGCUAUAGAGUCGCAGAAACGUCCGUUCUUCAUCUCGGAUUCUGGUGACAAUCCAACCGCGGGUGGCGCCGGUGACGUGACUUGGUCACUGUCUCGGAUUCUGGCACGUCCAGAGUUUCAACAGAAAGAUGGGCCCACCCUCAUCUAUGCCAGUCUUCCGGCGCAUCAUGCAGCCGAGAGUGUUGCUCGUGCUGGCGUCGGUGCCACUGUAACUGUAGUCGCAGGCGCUGAAGUCGACCAUAUCCACGAGGGUCCGAUCACCCUGACAGGUCUAGUUCACGCCGUACGACACGGGGAUCGAGACGGGCUGAUUGAAUGUGUACUCCAAAUCGGAAGUGUAUUCGUCAUUCUCACCAAGCUACGAAAACCGUAUCAUCACGAGUCCGACUUUAGCGAGUUGAACCUAGAUGCCCGCUCUGCCGACAUAGUGGUGGUCAAGAUCGGAUACCUUGAGCCUGAGUUAUAUAAGAUGGCAGCAGAUUGGAGACUGGCUCUCACACCUGGUGGUGUCGAUCAAGACCUACAGCGCCUCGGACAUCGUCACAUCCAUCGUCCUAUGUGGCCGUUGGAUCGCAAUUUCUCUCGCCAUCCUGAUCUCAAACCUAGACUAAUUCCGGCUUCUGACCAUCCUUUCUCGGAAUAG